AUGGCUUCAAACGAUGACGAUAAAAAUGAGUAUCACGACGUACGCGAAUCCAUCGAACCCCACACUCCUGCAAACACAUAUCCUUGGGCACAAGUGGGGAGUUAUGAAGACGACAACGAUGAUGGUUAUGUUAUGCAAGAGCCGAGCCCCAAGGAAGAUGACGAUGAUGGGGAUUAUAACAGCGAAGAGUGUGUCACUACAGGGCGCAGUGUUCAACAGCGAACUAGUUCCCGGAGUCGAUGGAGCUAUGUUGGGGUUUAUAGGAGGGCGGACGGGUCAGUGUGGCAGGUUGCGUCGAAUGCUUCUGGGCAUGCUCGUAGCGCUGUGGACUCUGAGGCGCCGGAUGAGCAGAAGAAGGAAGACGAGAAGGGGAAAAAGAAGAGAGCUGUGGAGAGCGAUUUCGAGUUGACGGCGUCUGAUAUCCCUGAACAACCUUGGGAUAUUGGUGCCGGUGGACGGACAACCAAAUGGACGUGUCUUAGCCGGCCGACCACUUCGUCGAGUGGAAAUCCGCAGGAGAGAGAUCGGGCACCAUCGCCUUCUUCGUUUGUUAUGUACAAAGCUGAAGACGAUGCAGCGGGAGGUCCCUCGAGCGUGUCGAAGGAAGAAUUGUCACCGGGACUUGUGAAGAGGCAUGUGGAAGGUGUUCUGGGUGAUCUUCUGGAACGCACUAUGAGUGUAGAAUCCAAGGAAGAAGAUGCACCGCCCGCAGGACACGACAUUCACAGAGCUCGAUCUUCCGAUAAAUCAAUCUCUCCCGACCUGGAAAACGCCAGAUGCCAAUCUAGGUUGCUGCAGGCCGCACUGAACGACGGAACGCCGCCUAAACAGAAUCGACGUGGAAGCCUCCUAUCUCGACGAGACAAUCCCAUCCCCAUGUCUGAACUCGAUCAGCCUCUACCACCUCCAAGAGGAGACUUCAAGCCCCAUGUACCCGACCUGGCCACAGUCCGUGGUGUCCCCGGCGCUGAACGUGUUGGGAGCUGCGGACCAGCACUUUCUCCCAGCGGCAACGAAUCCGAUUACCACAACGCUCCAUCACACCAAUCUCCCACCAAUCCCACAGACACCAACGUCAAGCACAACCGUACCGCCAACAGUACAGAUUCCAGCGCCACCAUACCCAUCCCCGGACGCACCAUCCAUCCCAGACUCCCUCCCUUCCAUCAUUCCCUUCCACCAAGAUGA